ACAUCCACGCCGCUACGCCCCGCUUCAGGAGGGCCCGAUUUCGUAUCGGGUUUCGGGUCUUGAAGCGGAGUACGAUGGUGGGGUCAUGAGGAUCUUUGCCACGUUGCAGCUUGGGAAGGGGGAGGGGGUUGUUAAUGAGGUGUGGCAAGUGGGGUCCAGUGUUGUGAAUGGGGUGCCUGCUAAGCACGCGUUUGCCCCGGAGAAUUUGGCGGCGAGCGGUACGUUGGAUCUGAUCAGAGGAGAGAGCAGUGCUGGAGGUGGAGUUGAUUCCACGUUGAAGAAGAAGAAUAUACAUGGAGUUCUGAAUGCUGUAAGCUGGGGGAUUUUGCUUCCAAUUGGAGCCAUCAUUGCUCGGUAUCUAAAGACGUUCAAGUCAGCAGACCCAGCUUGGUUUUAUCUUCAUGUCUCAUGCCAGAUUAUCGGUUAUGGCGUUGGAGUUGCUGGGUGGGCAACUGGGCUUAAUCUUGGAAGCAAGUCGAAGGGAAUAGUAUAUAGCACUCAUAGAAACAUUGGGAUUACUCUCUUCAGCCUUGGUACCUUGCAACUAUUUGCAUUGCUUCUGCGGCCAAAAAAGGAUCACAAGUAUCGCCUCUACUGGAAUAUAUACCACCACGCCGUAGGAUACACUGUAAUAAUUCUCGGCAUAGUCAAUGUCUUCGAAGGCCUACAGAUCUUGAGCCCUGAAAACAAGUGGAAAGAAGCUUACAUUAUUGUUAUAGCUAUCUUGGGCGGCAUUGCUCUUUUGCUCGAGGCAGUAACAUGGAUUGUGAGAAAGUCUGAUAAAUCCUCAAAGCUCUAUGAUGCCUCGAAUGGCGUAAGUGGAUGAGGAGUUCAGCAGCCAUUAUCGGUGUGACCCUAGUUGUUGAUUUGUUAUUCUUUUUUAACCUUUUUUUUUUCCUUAUAGAUUUGUAGGAGAUACUGUGGUGGUUGUUUGCAUUGAGAUUUGCCCCACUAUGUACUCUUAUUCCAUUACAUAUAGUGUGAUAUCUACACUGGUUGUGUUCUUUUUUUGUUAUUGUUAUCUAUAGGGGAGGUGUGUAAGCAUUAAGCUUUAGACUUGCAUGAAAGAUUUGAAUUCAAAGAAAUUUGUGUAGAGGUUCCACUA